GCAACCCGAGACGAGACCGAAGAGGUUAAUGCACAGCUCGCUGAGCAAGAUGCCACAGAUCUGUAUAAAGCAGGAGAAGACCGCUGGGGAACAGAUGAGCUGGCUUUCAAUGUGGUCCUAGCAAAGAGAAGCUAUAGUCAGCUGAGAGCUACUUUUCAAGCCUAUGAAAAGGUGUGUGGGAAGGACAUAGAAGAAUCCAUUAAAAGUGAAGCGUCUGGAGAUCUGGAGAAGGCUUAUCUGACUCUUGUCAGCUGUGCCAAGGACUGCCCAGGUUACUUUGCCACACUUCUGCAUAAGUCAAUGAAAGGAGCUGGGACAGAUGAAGAGACCUUGAUUCGCAUUCUUGUGACCAGAGCUGAGAGCGACCUGCCAGCAAUAAAGGAGAAGUUCCAGAAAAUGUACCAGAAGUCGUUAGCUGAAGCUGUCCGAUCUGAUACCUCUGGAGACUUCAGAAAGUUGCUGCUGGCAAUUUUGCACUAAAAAGCCAUCAAGAAUGAAAAGGCAUGCUGAGCAGCCACCUCUUGAUUAGAUUCCAAAAGAGCAUCCAAAAAAUGUGGCAUUAGCACAGAGAAAAAAAUCCAAUUUAUUUUCUUUCCAGCUGGGAAAUGUGUUGCCAAGUAAUGCUGGAUGUGAGGUUUAUGUUAUGGCUAUCUUGCCAAAUGUCCUUAAGCAAUAAAGACAUGUUAAAAAAA